UUCGCAGGCCUGUGCAUAAUAUGGAGUCUAUUUGCUGGUUCCAUCUCGUACACCGAAGAAGUCGUGCAUUACCGCACUUAUCCGUACGGAUACAGAAACUCGUACUCGCCGACGAGAGGGUGGUUGCAUUCCUGGGAUGCUGGACCGAGCAGAUCGGACAGGCCGGUGUAUGCCCGCAGGGACACGCAAGUGCGUCCGUACACGCAGCUAGUCAAGGUGCAGCAUGAGCAGAGUGACCCUUUGGCGACCAUCAGCGAGACCCUAGGCGCCUUAAACACCGUGGGUAACUAUAUCGUCAAUAUGACGAGGGGCGUCGAGAUCUCGGAUUAUCCGCCGAAGGAGCUGCCCUCGGCGUUGUACACCAUCUCUAAGAAUAUUUUAGGCCGCAACGUGACAGACAGCAUAGCGCCCUUAGUACGCGGUGUCGCAUUGCCACUGAGACAAACAAUCGUGUCCUCCACACAGGCGCCAUCGGUCCAGCAGGAGCAGCAACAACAACAGCAACAGUCCACGGAAGAACUCGCAAAUAGAGUCAAGGAGUCCGCACCGCCCGCGUGCACGACGGCCGAGGGUGGACCCGGGAAAUGCCAGGACCUCAGCAAUUGCCCGCAAUUGUUGCUCGACCUCAACAAGCUGAGACACUCGUUCUGCUUCAAGAGUCUGAUUAUGCCAGGAGUUUGCUGCCCAGUGGACAAAACCAGCAAUCCCUCCGUUCCGAUCACUACUGGAGGCGCGUCCCCUGCGAUCGUUGGACACCCUCCACGACCGACGAUUCGACCUACGAAAAUUCCCACACCACGCCCGAUACCGCUUUAUCCGGUGACAUCCUUGACGACGAGACCUACGUAUAUUGUUUCAUCGCCGGACUCGUUGGUCAACAAUACGAAUGGCUUCGAAACAAUAGCGACGAUCGACAACAAUUUCAUUCAAGACGACGAGGAGUGCGGAGUGAUACAUUCAGGUAAAUUUCGAGUGGUCGGAGGCGAGGAAGCCUUACCCGGUCGUUGGCCCUGGAUGGCAGCGAUCUUCCUUCAUAGCUCUCGGCGAACGGAGUUCUGGUGCGGGGGAUCGUUGAUAGGACCACGCCACAUCCUUACCGCUGCCCAUUGCACUCGAGAUCAGCGACAGCGGCCUUUCGCCGCCCGCCAGUUCACUGUGCGUCUCGGUGACAUCGAUCUGGAGAGAGAUGACGAGCCCUCGUCACCGCAGACUUAUACGGUGAAGGAGAUUCACGCGCAUCCAGAAUUCUCGCGCGUCGGUUUUUACAAUGAUAUCGCCGUUCUCGAGCUUACCAGAACCAUAAGAAGGUCGCCAUACGUGAUACCCAUCUGCUUGCCGCAGGUCCGCGAGAGAUCUUUCGCCGGCGCCAGACCGACGGUGGUCGGCUGGGGCACCACUUACUACGGUGGGAAAGAGAGUACCGUUCAACGACAGGCGGUCCUGCCUGUGUGGAGAAACGAGGAUUGCGACGCGGCUUACUUGCAGCGGAUCGACAGCAAAUUUUUGUGCGCCGGUUACAGCCAGGGCGGCAAGGACGCGUGUCAAGGUGAUUCAGGUGGACCGCUGAUGCUGCAAAUCAACGGUCAAUGGACCCAAAUCGGUAUUGUCUCGUUCGGUAACAAGUGCGGCGAACCCGGCUAUCCUGGCGUGUACACGAAUGUCUCCCAGUUCAUCUACUGGAUUAAAAAUAACAUGAAGCGAUAACGGAAUCAUGUGGCGGGAUCGUAUUUACGUGCUCCUGAAAAAUGACACACAUGCAUACAUAAAUGUGAACUAAUAUAUUCCGUAAAAAAAAUGAGAAGUCGUUAAUACAUGUAUCAAUACAUUAUUUCUUGUAAAAUUGAUUUUUAAUAUCACAUAUUUUCUAUAAGAAAUAGACUGAUAGAAAUUAAAAUAUGUUAGAAUGUAUUAAUUUCUGUGAAAUUGAAUACUAAAUUCUGAAAAUCAGGUUGAUAUAAGAUAUUUUAUUUUCUUUUUAAUUAAUUUAUUCUUUCAAAUUUAUUUUAAAUAUAGAAUACUUGAGGAAAUAUUCCGAUUUGGUGUUCCACUAUUGUGCCAAGGUGCCAAGGUUUUGAUAUCUGCGGAUUUGCAUAUGUGCUUCUUUUCUUUUAUGAUUCUGAAAAUAUGUCAAGCAACACGUCUCGUGUAUAAGCACACUCCGUUAGGUCAUAAUAAACCACCUACGAUUUUAGGAGAUAUUAAAAAGGUGUAACACAUCUGUCACAUAAAUGUCUGUUGUUUUAUCAUUUUACGAUAUUUUGUUGCAUUUAUAAAUGUGUGUACAGCCGUAUUCCUUAAGCAUAAGCAUAGAAAUAUCUAUAGUUAUCCAUGUUUUUUUGUGAAAACACACGAAUGUGGUCAUAUGUAUAUUCAUUGAAUAACAUAUAAAUUUAUAAAUAAAUUAUUAUCAUUAUA